CCUUCAUUGUCUACUCAACCGUCCUCCGUUCCGCUGUAAGCGAUUGAUCGCGGAAGAGUACCUGCGGAUCGAGAAGACGCUUACUUUCCAAUCUGAGCUCCAGAUCGAACGAUCUCAUAAUGUCGAAGAGGAACAGGGAGAGCCAUUAUGACGAAGCUACGUCCAGAAUGGCAAAGAGGAGGAACAUCGACGGCGAGUUUCAUCCAACGCCUUUGACGAAUGAGGACUACACUGUGGGAUGGGUCUGUGGACUGUCGAAGGAACAGACCGCCGCGACGGCGAUGCUGGAUCAUAGACAUCCCGGCCUCCCAAAGCAGCCGAAUGACCCGAACACCUACACUCUGGGGUCCGUGGGUAGACACAAUGUCGUUAUAGCUUGCCUGCCAAAGGGCAAGGUCGGCACGAACCCAGCAGCAUCCGUCGCCCCCUGGAUGAUCUCCUCUUUUCCGUCCAUCAAAUUCGGCCUCAUGGUUGGUAUCGGUGGCGGCAUUCCACCUAAGGUUCGACUCGGUGAUGUCGUAGUCAGUACGCCCGUCGGCCCGUUUCCUGGUGUAGUCCAAUGGGACUUCGGCAAGGCGAAAGAGGGCGGCCAUUUCGAGCACAGCGGGUCGCCGAACAAUCCUCCUAUAUCGCUGCUCACAGCUUUGACGAAACUGGAGACGGAACAUGAAUUGGCUGGAUCCAAGAUGCCAGAGUAUCUUGAGGAACUGAAGCAGAAUUGGCCGAGACUGGCGCCGAAAUACCUAGCCGUUGCCCAGAGGGCUCUAUGA